UUUCACUUUCCAAUGAAGCACAAUGGUAGCCCCGUUUUGGGUACUCACCAGUCAAAGAAACUGCCUAAUUUGAGAAGAAGAGUUUUUCUAGAUGACUCAAAGUCUAUCUCUUAUAAAUCCUUCAGUAGUACAAGAAGGCUAGGGACAAAGAGGAAAGGAAUGGAAAUUAGAGAGAAAUAAGAUUCGAGCAAAGGUAAGUGAGGGUGUGUUUUGAAAAAUUAAGAUUUUGAGGGUUUGGAGUAAUAAUAAGGUGAAAAUAAUGUAAAAUUUGUGUUUGGAAUUGGG